AUGAAUAUGUCACCCUGCGAAAUGAACUGUUGCGCCGUCGCAGCGUCGCCACCGCCACCGUCCGUUUUGCGUUGUACUGAAGCAGAGCGGCUUUUGUCUCUCGUUGCCUGCCGGCGCGACGCCACAACAAAGCAACAGUUGGCUGCCGUGGAGCAUCUGGCGGCACAGCGACACAAACGACGUGGCAGCGCUGAAUGCGAAAGUCCAACAACGCAACGAAAAAGCUGCUCAUCCUCACCACNAAGUAGAUAUAUGUAUUUGGGUUUUGAAAUUCAUAUUUGUCCUUUCUCCCCUUCUCGUCCACAGAAACCCAGCAAUUAUUCGUGGCCCUUAGCGGCCGUCACACCACCAGCGGUAGCGAGUGCAACAACCGCGCAAGCGUUAGUAACAACACCUACCAACUCUGGCGGUAACACCAACAACAACAAUCAGUCAUCACAAAACCAUCUUUCCUUGCAACCGGCCUCUGGUGCUGCCACACCAACGCCACCCGUCGGCGGGAUAGAUUUGCAUGCAACGGUCGGUGAUGCAGAGGCGCACAAUUUUAACGGCACACUAAAGUCACCCGAUCAACAACAAGCGUCAGCGUUACACUCACCUUCGUCCCAACAGCAACAGCACCAACAGCAGCAACACCAUCAGCAUCACUCCACAGCUGCGAGUCAGUCGCAACAACAACAACAACAACAACACUCACACACCCAUCAGAGUUUGCAUUCCUCUGCCUCGACGCCCAGUUCGCCCACAGCGGCUAGCGCAGCUGCAGCAGCAGCAACAGCGGCUGCAGCCGUAGCCGCCACUAUGCCUAUCGGCGGUGUACAGGGGCAAAAUCCUACGCAGGGUUUGGUGCAUUGGAUGAGUGCCGUUAUGGCCGAGCAUAUGACUGGGCAAACGCAUCACGACCCGACGGCAGUUGGCAUGCAUUACAUGUGGAAUGGCAAUGUGGAUUGUGGACAACAUGGCAAAGAAAUAGCCGAUUAUAAUGGUUGGCCUUCGACAGCAGCCACGCGCAGCCAUAUGUCGGCCAUCAAACAAGGAUAUGAGGCGAAGAUGAAUGAUCACCACAGCAAUUUGCAAAAAGGUCAUUUCCUCGACGACAGUCGCCUCAUAGAUCAUCACAAUGCCGUGACGCCGCAGGCUAAUCAUAGCGCCAGCAUGGCGACAGCGGCUAGCAUUUAUGGACCCAGUAGUACACUGCGCACCGUUGCCACAUCGAAUAGUAGUUCGCCGGCCGGAGGAGGAGGCAAUACUGGUGGUGGCAGCAGUGGCGGUUUAGUAAGUGGUGCUGGCGGUCUAGGCUUAAUCGGCGCAGGCAAUGGCAGUCUGGGUGGGAGUGGCGGUAUUGGUAGCGGCGGUUUGGUUGGGCUUGGUGGCGCGAGUAUUGGCGGAGUGCCACAUCAUGCGACGUCAGCUAGCAAUCAUAUGGCGCAUCAUCACAGCGCAUCAGCGGCGGCGGCUUUAUUGGUUGUACCACAACCGAUUAACGCGAGUAAAAUGAGCGCAGCAAUGGCAGGUGGCGGUGCUGGCGGAACGGGCAGAAAGUAUCAAUGCAAGAUGUGUCCACAGAUUUUCAGCUCGAAAGCGGACCUACAGCUGCACACGCAAAUUCAUAUGCGCGAAGCUAAGCCGUACAAGUGUACGCAGUGCUCCAAAGCGUUUGCCAACUCAUCCUACCUGUCGCAGCACACCCGCAUCCACCUGGGCAUCAAGCCGUAUCGCUGUGAGAUCUGCCAACGCAAAUUCACCCAACUGUCACAUCUGCAACAACACAUUCGCACCCACACCGGCGACAAGCCGUACAAGUGUCGACAUCCCGGCUGCCAGAAAGCCUUCUCGCAACUCUCCAAUCUGCAAUCGCAUUCGCGCUGCCACCAAACGGACAAGCCAUUCAAAUGCAACUCCUGCUACAAAUGUUUCUCGGACGAGCCAUCGCUGCUCGAUCACAUUCCCAAGCACAAGGAGUCCAAGCACCUGAAGACGCACAUCUGUCAGUAUUGCGGCAAAUCCUACACACAGGAGACAUAUCUCACCAAGCAUAUGCAGAAGCAUGCGGAACGCACCGAUAAGCGGCCGCCAAUAACGGCCAUGAAUGCGAGUGUUGCUGCGGGCGGCGCGAGUACGGUUGCGGGUAUAGGCGGCAACGCCAACAGCUUAGCCAACAACAGUGCGACAGGUGGCAAUGCCAAUGUCGGUAAUUUAGCAAGCGGUGUUGCUGGCGUGGGUGGAGUAAGCACGAGUGCGAGUAGCUUGUCGAAUGCGAAUGCACAUAAUCGCCAGAGUCUGGGUUUGCCGCCGGUAUCCAUAGCGCCUAGCGAACAUUCCUACUGGCCCAAAGUUAGUCCGGACUCCGCGGCCAAUAUGACGGAUGUAAUGCAUCAACAGCAGCAGCAACAACAACA